AUGAGAAUACUAACAUCUGACUUGUUUUUCAUUUUUGUUUUAUCAUCAAGGCCACCAGAUAAUGAUUUUGAUGCAAGUUCAUUACAACGUUGUCGUGAUAUACUUUAUAUAAAUAUAUUUGAUGAACUUCAUGUUGAGGAACCAAAAACAGUUCAUGAACAUGAUCAAAUUGUACGAGAACGUAUUGCAAGAAAUUGGCUUGGAUCAAUUAAAAUUCCAUUUAGUAAUAUUUAUGUUAAUGGACGAUUAGAAGGUACUUAUCGUUUGAAUAUACCAACGCCAUUAUUAGGUUAUUCAAGAGAUAAAUUAUCUCCAGGAAAACUUGAAACAACAAGAGUAACAUCACCAACUAGUGUACUUCGUAUGUUUAUUACAAUGGAACCACUUUUAGCACCACCAGAAUCAGUUCAACAAUCAUUUGAUAGUACAGAAUCACUUGAAUUACUGAAUCAUGCUCGUUUUUGGGUUACUGACUUGAAUAAAAAAUUUCCUAAUCGAGAUUAUAAAGCAACAGUAUCAGAUAUAAAUGGUCGAUCGGUAUUUAUACCGCGUUUUCUUCGUCCAUUACCAUUACCACAACUUGGUUUAACGGCAGCAGCGGCUGCUGGAGGUGGAGCAGAUAAUCAAAUGCAAUGUCAACAAUUGGCUCGUUUUGUUUCAUUAAUUCCAUUUCUUUCGGAUACAGUUAUUUUUCCAGGAUUAUGUGAUAUUUGGGAAACAUCUGAUCAAUUUUUACAUACAAUGUCUGGCGAUGACGAAGAACAUGCUGUUUUAUUAAAUAAUUACUUUUUAACAUUGAACAAAAACAGUUGGAUAGCUAUAGGUGUAUCAAUUUAUAGUGGUCCAUGUUGUUUUGUUUUAACAAAAGAAGACGGACAACGCUAUCCAACUUGUUGGAGUGUAGCUGAUGGGCGUGAUGCAUCAACAAUUGAUACAUGGAAUCCAAUUCGAAGUAUAUAUCUAUUAGCAAAUCAAGAAAAUGUAAGAUUUCAUGAAAGCAUAUAUAUAUAUAUAUGUCGUAGGACAAAUUAA